UCCACGGAUGCUGUCAGACCUGCAUUUUGCUUUUCAAGUUAUCGAGUCUUGGAGAGAUACAACAUGAAGGCUCAUUUUAUUAUCAAAGUACGUAUGCAGACUAGAACUCUGAAACUUUUCUUCUCCAGAUAUCCAUAGUCAUCCUUUCAUACUAAUCCUACAUCAACCCGAUUUAUUAUUAUUCCCACAUUCUUAUCAACUUCCCAAAGAUUCUUCCACUGUAGGGACAAUGGGUCAUAAAGGAAGCAACCUGUAGGUGGGAUGUGUGAAGGAACUGGAGCACCCAGUGAAAACCCAUGUGGUCACGGAGAAAAUGCAAACUCUACACAGACAGAACCAGAGGUCAGCAGCAAACACUGGAACGACACUCAGCUCUCAGCUGUGACUCCAAGCAGCUGUUUGCAUGCACCCCGGUACACUGCUGUAACAGUAGGGCUAAACCAGGCGAGAUCAGCCCGGCAGAUUGGGUGGAUGAGAUCUGCAGUGAGAUCCGAAGGCAGCAAGGCGGUUCUGCAACACUACAUGGAGAGCAAAGGGCAUGACAAGGCACAGAAGUUACGAUCAUCCACUAUAAUCAGGGAUGACCCCAGCUAUGACUACUCAUACCACAGGGCCUGGACUUCCAAGGUCAAGAGUCGAACUGCCCCAGCAAAACUGCUUUUCCACUUUAAAAACUCUCUUACAUAGUUUCCUAUCAUUGUCAGAUACAACAGAGAACCACCAUUAAUAUUGCUCAUGCUCUAAGUUGUUCUGUAUUUCAUUUAAAUACGUCAUCUGUUACUCAGUCUGUCUUUUUUAUAAAUAUACCUUUUUAACUAUUUCAAUGAAACUAACUAAUUGGGGCAGCCACUUAAUUGGGUCAAAAUGUAUUGGUCCUGAUGUGUCCCAAUUAACCAGACUCCACUGUAUGCUUCAUAUAUAUUUCUUGUUGUAAUUUACAGUUUAUUUUUAUUAUGUAUUGCAUUGUACUGCUGCCACAAAACUACAUACUUCAUGAUAUAUCCAGUGAUAUUAAACCUGAUUCAGAUUCUGCUGUGUUAUUUGGAUGGUGCAAACAGUAACUCACAUCUGGACCUUUUUUCCCCACUCCAUUAUUUUUAAUAACCACCUAGAUUUGUGCAUUAAUUUCUUAAUAAAAAGUAUGAGGUUAAUCUCACCCAUUUAUUGGAAGCUAAAUCGUAAUUAACUGCAUAAUUAACAUCUAUGUGAUAACUGUUAAUGUCAGAAAAUUUCCCUGCUCUGUGAUUUAACUGUGCAGUAUCUUUUCCUUAAGUGGCAAUUGUUCUUGGAGAUAAAAAUGUUAAAACAUUUAUUUUCUUAAAUAUUUUUUCAUCCUUUGUCUCUCUUUGGGAAAUGGAAUACAGUGUUGGAAAAUGUAUGAUAAUACAUUUUAGUUAAAGGAACCAUAGUGCGGACUAUUAUUUAAAUAGGAAGAAAGUUCAAAUAUGAGGAUCUUAGCAGUCCUCAUGCAAGACACCAAAGGUUAAUUUAAAGGUCGAGUCUGUGGUAAAGGAGGCAAAUGCAAUGUUGGCAUUUAUUUCAAGGGGAAUAGAAUAUAAAACAAGGAGAUAAUGCUGAGCCUUUAUACGACACUAGUCAGGCCGCACAGAGUACUGUCAACAGUUUUGGAUCCCGUAUCUCAGAAAGGAUGUGUUGUCAGUGGAGAGAGUCCAGAGGAGGUUCACAAGGAUGAUUCAGGAAUUGACAGGUUAACAUACAGAGAGCAUUGGUAGCUUUGGGCCAGUACUCAAAGGAAUUUAGAAGAAUGCAGCGGGGGGGAUCUCAUUGAAACCUGCUGCACGUUGAAAGGACUAGGUAGGGUGGAUGUGGAGAGGAUGUUUCCUAUGGUGGCGGUAUCUAGAACUGGAGAGCACAGUCUCAAAACUGAGAGGCAACCUUUUAGAAUAGAGGUAAAGAGGAAUUUUUUAAACCAGAGAAGCUUUUAUUCUUAACCCUAUACCAUUUCCAAGCCUUGAACUCUCCAGUUUAAGACUGGUAUUAAUGGACAUCUCAGAUGCUCCGUUAUCCUCACAAUGUUGCUUUUAAGGUUGCAGCUCCUGCAAGUUAUACCAUAAAAUGUACUUGUGCUGAAUAAAGUGUGACAAGGCAGGCCUCAAUCAGAAAUAGAUGGUUCAUUAUGAAACACAAUGUUUCAUACCUGCAGGUAGUUUCAAAUGUUAUGAAUAUGAAGCAACUCUGAGGGGCCGAAGGGUACAAAGUUGCCCCCUCCUUUUUGAGAAUCGCAAGAUCGCUAUUAAUUUGGGUCUGGGACCCAGGAAAUGAGAGAGAGACAUCCAGAAUACACGAGGUUUGGAAUGUGUCCUGACCUCAGUGAAACGGAACCACUGAUUACUGCCAUUGUCUCUUGGAGACGGAAUUGUGUAUUGAGUACUGUACUAUUCAUUGAAACCCCUCAGGGGACAACCAGAGUGGGCUGGUUGAGGGAUUGCAUCAUCCCAACCUGACUGACAUCUGAGACCCUGUGAGUAAGGAUAAAAGAGGGGUCUGGGGAACAACCCCUUUAGACACACCAGGAGAAACGCUGGAAAUCCAGUGACAGUGUUUAUAGCAAAAGCCGGUGGGGGCUCGUGUGCGUCCUCCCUUGCCAGGGUGGUGGGCUCAUCACGAAAGAAUGGUUUAGCUAAAGGAGAGGCCACAAGUGAACGGCCACACCAACGAGACUCCUGACGGAUCGAAAUCAUAAAAGGAAAGCCAGCAAGUUUUUCUCCAAAUCUCUCUCUCUCUCUCUCUUCAACCAUUGCAACCCAAUGGCUGCAGCCUGCAUGAACUGAGUAAACUUUAUAUUUCCAUCGGACAAUACAUCAUCCCCUAGACAAUGAUAGAGCUUAUUUCUUAUUGAUUAUUAUUAUACCUGCACUUUUAGAUUUAGUAUUGACGACGUUUAUUAUCUGUAUAUUUGCAUUGAUAUUAUUUUUGUGUAUUUUUACUAAUAAAUACUGUUAAAAAAUAGUAUCAUCAGACUUCAACGGACAUCUCCAUCUUUGCUGGUAAGUGACCCAGUUACGGGGUUUGUAAAAACGUGGGGCCUCGUCUCGAGAUUUGAUACCAAAUUGGAGGGCCAGUGAAUCGGGCUUUUAAGCCCAAACUUGGAUCUGGUUGCACGGGUAACCAGACGGGAAACCAGCAAAGAUGGACGUAGACGAAUUUAUAGAAAACCAGACUCUGGAGGUGCUAGAGGCUGCCACAAAGUCGGACUUGAUAAAUAUUGCGAAAGGACUAAACCUCGCGGAGGGCCAUAACUCAGUAUUAUAUUGUGAAGAAUGUGUUUUCCGCUGAGGUAUUGCAAAAUAUCCCUGAAGAGGUACCAGCUAGUGGGAUGGCUCAGUUAGAGUUGGAGAAAUUGAGGUUGGAACAUGAAAUUAAGUUAAAACAGCUGGAAGCAGCUGAAAAAGAGAAGGAGAGAGCCGAAAAGGAGAGGGAGUAUGAGGAGAAGGAGAAACAGAGGCAACAGGAGAUGGACCUGGAGAAGUUAAGGCAAGAGUGAAGAGCUCAAGGGUCAGACCGAGAGGAGAGAUUUAAUGUUAGUAGGGAGUUUUUAGGUUAGUACCUCCGUUUGAGGAAACGGAUGUUGAUAGUUAUUUCUUGCAUUUUGAAAAGGUGGCAAUGAGUCAGAAGUGGCCCAGAGAUCAGUGGGUGGUGUUAUUACAAAUUGUGUUAAAAGGGAAGGCACAACGGGCAUAUAUAGCAUUGUCCAUGGAGGAGGAAGAGUCUGAGAAUUAUGAGAAAGUAAAGGAGGCCAUUCUUCGGACCUACGAAUUGGUACCUGAGGCCUAUAGACAAAAGUUCAGAAAUUUAAAAAAAGGGUGGAAUCAGACGUAUACCGAGUUUGCCUAUGAGAAGGGUGUGCUCUUGGAUCGUUGGUGUGCAGCAGAAAUGGUGGAAGAGGAUUUUUAGCAUCUCAGGGAGGAGUUAAUUCUGAUUGAGGAAUUUAAAGGUUGAGUUUCGGAUGAUAUGCGGAUGUAUUUGAACGAGAAGCCGAAUAAGUCCAUAUCCGAAUUUGCUAGGUUCACAGAUGAAUAUGCCCUAACCCACAAGACAAAGUUUUCUUCGAAUAAGAGUUACCAAAAAGACCGUGGGAAUGGUAGAGAAAGCCCGCCGGCUGAGCCAGAGAUCCAGCUGGGAGCUGGUGGUAAAAAUAAGGAGGAGGAGAGGCAAGAUGGCAGGAGGGGUCCUGGCUUGACCUGUUUUAAUUGUGGAAAGGUGGGUCAUAUUGCAUCUAAGUGCCUUGCUCCAAGGAAGGAGGUAGGAAAAGGGAAAGCAGCAGUCCCUACAGGAUGUAUUGUGGUGAUCAGUAAAUCGACGAGAAAGCCCCAGGUAGACAGAAUACGAGAGGGGCCUGAGAAAUAUAUUUCAGAAGGAACCGUUUCUGUGAAAGAGGGAGACACACCAGUUCCAGUGCGGAUUUGGAGAGACACUGGAGCUGAGCUGUCAUUGAUUCGCAGUACGGUACUAGAUUUUGGUCCUGAGACUGGAGAGGUAGCUUUGAGAGGCAUAGGAAAAGGGACAGAAGCUGCGUCUUUGCAUAGGAUCAUUAUAAAUUGUGAGCUGGUAUCUGGACCAGUUGAAAUAGGGGUGCGAUCAGAAUUCCCGAGAACUGACGUAGAUCUCCUUCUGGGUAACGAUUUAGCUGGUGGUGACAUUUGGUCGGCCAUGGAGCUGACGAGCCAGCCUGUAAGUGUUGAGGACCCGCCCCUAGAUUCCAAGACCUAUCCCGCAUGUGCGAUCACUCGCAGCAUGUCGAGAAAGGCAGCUAAGAAAGAGACCAGUAUCGAUUUGGCCGAGACGUUUUUACCGACCCUGUACCAAGAGGGGUUAGAGGGUGGUAAAAUGGAGAAUAGGAAAGUGAAAGAGGGUAAGGGAGAGGAGGUAGACCUGCCCUUAGCCAGGAGGAAAUUUAUAGAGGCACGGAGUAAAAAUGAGAAACAGAUAAGGCUGUUAGACGGUCCAGGGUUGGGCAUGGAUGAUCUGUCUGGUUUGACAGAACUGUUUGAAGAAGGUGAAGAUUCUAAAGGUGUUCCCGAUAAUGAAAUGAGGGCAGUCCUAGAUGAAAAGGAUGCCAUUACCUUGAAGAAGUCUGCUGGAUUGGCAGAUGAGAUUGUUUCAGCCCGCGGGGUUGAGUUUACUCCGGAAGGGAGUUGCCCAGAGAGUAACUGGGAGGAUCAGGGGAACUUAGAACUUGAAAUGGGUACGGGUAUCGAAAGCCUGGAAGAGGCAGAUGUCCCGUUUGAAUGUGUUCAAGAUGUGAAUGCACGUGGUACUGAACCUAGUAACGGAACUCAGAAAAAUUUAGAAGUAUUUGAUUCAGUUGAAAAGGAAUGCAGUCCUUGUGGGUCAGAUGGACUUGGUUAACCUUGGUACUAGUGGGAAGUGAGAAUUCCCAGUAGUUUGUGUUCGAAGGUGUGUUAAAAGUAAGUGAGGAGAUAAAAGGUGGUGAGGUGAAUAUUAUUAUUGAAGGAAAAGGGAAAAGUGUAGUUCCUAAAUUGAAUGAAGAAAAUUUAAAGUCUGGAUUGGUGUCAGAAGCAGUAACCAGGCUGAAGGGACAGUGGCUUGUUAACACGGUGCCUGCAAAUCAAUUACAGGUUGAUUUGGAAUGUAAAGGUGCCCCACGCGCUAUUGUUAUUCAAGAGUGUGCUGUGAAGAGGCAGAAUUUGAAAUGCUGUUUGGACAAAGAGGGAUCGCUUGCAGAGUUUAAACUGAAAACUAAUAGCAUGAAGGAUCCUGAAGAUAAAACUAACGACUUGCUUAAAAAUAAAGAAUUGUGCGGAAAUUCAGCAAAUGGGCUAAGUUUGGAAAACAUUGUUGAUAAAAUAACUCCUAUGAAAGAAGCAUGCAAAAGCCUAUUCCACACUGGUGCGCAAGCUAACCACGUGGGAGUUAACUGGAAAAGGGGCGAGGGUUGACGGGAUGCCAUUUUAAAUAACAGGAUCUGGUUUUAAGGGAUUUCGACAAAGCAUGUAACUAAUAAAGACAACCCCAUGGAAGAUUGACUGUUAAGUUUGGAAGUAAAAUAAAGAUUAGUAUUUGCAUGAACUUUUGUAACAUACAUGUAAGCUAAGAUCACAACUCUUUAGUUUUUGUUUGCUGAAGAAAAGGAAUACAAAUAGGUGGUUAUUAAAUUAGAGUCUGAUGCUACAAGAAUUUAUUAAGGUACAAAAUGUUAAGAUAUUAAAGGAAGUGACAAUGUAAUCGCUAACUGUUUAGAUACUGAAUUGAAUGUAUAACUGUAUUACUCUGUAGUGAAAAAAUAACUCUUUUGUAUUGUGUUAGAUUCUGAAAUCCUGUAAGACUCUGUAGUAAUUAAUUUUUAUCUGCGGCAAAAAUCUUAGAAGGAAGGGGAUGUUAUGAAUGUGAUGCAACUCUGAGGGGCCGAAGGGUACAAUGUCGCCCCCUCCUUUUUGAGAAUCGCAAGAUCGCUAUUAAUUUGGGUCUGGGACCCAGGAAAUGAGAGAGAGACAUCCAGAAUACACAAGGUUUGGAAUGUGUCCUGACCUCAGUGAAACGGAACCACUGAUCACGGCCAUUGUCUCUUGGAGACGGAAUUGUGUAUUGAGUACUGUACUAUUCAUUGAAACCCCUCAGGGGACGACCAGAGUGGUCUGGUUGAGGGAUUGCAUCAUCCCAACCUGACUGACAUCUGAGACCCCGUGAGUAAGGAUAAAAGAGGGGUCUGGGGAACAACCCCUUUAGACGCACCAGGAGAAACGCUGGAAAUGCAGUGACAGCAUUUUAUAGCAAAAGCCGGUGGGGGCUCGUGUGCGUCCUCCCUUGCCAGGGUGGCAAGCUCACCAUGGAAGAACGGUUUAGCUAAAGGAGAGGCCACAAGUGAAAGGCUACAACAACGAGACUCCUGACAGAUCGAAAUCAUAAAAGGAAAGCCGGCAAGUUUUUCUCCAAAUCUCUCUCUCUCUCUCUCUCUUCAACCAUUGCAACAUAGCGGUCCCCAAUGGCUGCAGCCUGCAUGAACUGAGUGAACUUUAUAUUUCCAUCGGACAAUACAUUAUCCCCUAGACAAUGAUAGAGCUUAUUUCUUAUUGAUUAUUAAUCU